GCGCGAGAUAAGGAUUUUAUUCAGAAGCAAAGUGGAAUUUCGGCUCUCCCUUUUUUCGCAUUUUUGAAUGUUACAUUGUGAGAUUGGAAGAUCCUGACUGCUAAGGAUCUAACCUUGUCCUUCAAGGCCUUUCACACCCUCUGUUCCCCUGAGCACAUCCUGAGAGCCAAGGAUUCGUCUCAUGUUGUUUCCUUUUUGGAGGGAGAAUUUGGUCCUGAGUGCAAAGGAACCAAAAGAAUCUCAUUUGUGUUAAGGAUAUAUAUUCAUAUCAUCCUUGCCUUUCAGGUCUUUUAUGUUGUUUUGCCACAUUUUAUUUUCUGUCUAAACAUCGCAGUAAUUAGAAGGAAAGAAGUGGAACUCUCUGACCUCAGUAAUCAGAAGGGAAGUAAAAGUGUUUUGUAUUUGAAGUUAAAAAAAACAUUAGUAUAGUGAAAUAGGAAAGCACCAAGAAAUGGCAUCGAGUGUCCAAGAAAUGCUCAUUGCAAGUGUUCCUGAUCAUCUGAAAGAGGAGGUAUCAGGCCUUAUUUCAUCCUCUAGAACUGCAGAAGAAGAGAGACUGAGAAAGAGAAGAUCUGAAGGACGCAAGUUUGCUCAAUUCACUGAUGAUGAAAUCAAGACCAAAGCAGAGAGUAUGAGCUUGCACUUGGCUGUUGCAAGGCUUGUGAUGGAAGUUUGGUCAUCUAAAAUGAAAAGGCAUGUGGAGCAUUUAAUACUGCAGAAAGCAGUGCAGGAGAAGUACUUGGAGGAGAGGCACCUGAAGUGGAUAAAUGUCUUUGAUGGGUAUGAAAGUGGGGAUGAAAGUUGGCUGGUUGAUAAUCAAGAUGAUACAAUGGUCGACUUGCUGUGGAACAUCUUCAACAUGAAGCAGCACUUCCAGCAAACUUAUGAUCACCGUCUCUGGAUUCAGAGAAGUUUUGACCGUCUGGCAAAUUUUAUGCCAGAGCUUCAUCCAGAGAUCAUUGACCGUCAUGACCUCAGUAAGUUUGCCUUUAGCCAGGCAGUGGGCUACACAGUCAAGUGGGUCCAUAGUGGCUGGCACAGUAUCUGGAGUGUGUCAUGUAGUCUGCAUCUCAACAAUGAACCACACCAUCCAGACAUGUGGUUAAGUACUCACACACCGCAGGAGAAAUACCGCAGGCUUGAGCUGUGGACAAAAGAUGCAUGUGACUUUUACAAAGGAACCCCCUAUGGAAUAUCUCUGACUGCAAUCAACCUAAGAUCUGAGGAGCUGGCAAUUCCGUUCCUUCUAGAGAGUUUCAUAGAUAUGGUUGCAAUAGAAUGGGAGAGGAAAAAGGGAAAGAAUCUCAGUAUCACAAAUGCUGACCUAGCUUAUGUCCACGAAAGGUAUCUUGACCGUUACACAAAAGAACAGAAGCAGAUAAUACAGAAACUGAUAAAGACGAUUCAGAGCUGUGAAGAAGGCCAGAGUUCUAAAGGAUUCAUCACUGUGGAACUUAAUCAGUAGGAACUAUUCAGGCUUCAGUAGCAUAGCUAAGAACACAGAAAGGUUGAUCCUGAGUGAAGUACAGUCUCGAAGCUAAGCAGAGCAAAUCACUGCAUUGACAGGACAGGUGUUUUAGUGUAUGUGAGUGUGUGUGUGUGUGUGUGUGUGUUUGUGUUACACAGUUCCUUCAAGGCAGUUGGCUCUGAAAAGGUACCUCUGUAACUGUAAUAAAACAAUUUGCAUUUGCAUUAAGAAAACUGUGCAUUAUAUACUAAUCCAGCUUAGUAAAGGAGUCAUUUCACAGUAUGUAAUCCCCCCCACCCCCUGUCUCUCUCUCUCUCUCUCUCUCUCUCUCUCUCUCUCUCUC